AUGGCCAAUAGACAGAACAGGAAGAUCAAGUUUGGGGACGAUGUGUCUGGUGGGGAGGCCGAGACGCCCAGGAAACCGCAAGCAAAGGCGAAUUUCAAUGUUGUGGCGCGCCAAAGAGAACGGGUGGGCAAAGCUCCCGUGACGGUAGAGUUUGGAUCAGACGAGGAUGACAGCGAGGAGGAGAACGAGAAGCUCGCAACCGGACGCAAGCACGUGGAUAUUCGGCUCAUCAAACAGAAAGCGGCCAAGCUGCUUUCUGUACGCGAGUCGCUCCCCGUUUACCAGGUGAAAAACGAGCUUUUGACGCAGGUCCGCUCUGCGAAGGUGUGUGUGCUGAUUGGAGAGACUGGAUCGGGAAAAUCCACCCAGAUCCCGCAGUUUCUGAUGGACGAGAACAACAAGGGAAUUGCCGUGACGCAGCCGAGACGAGUGGCUGCCAUCAAUCUGGCAACAAGAGUGUCCGAGGAGUACGGGUGUGUUCUGGGACGAGAAGUUGGAUACUCGGUGAGAUUCAACAAUGUUUCCAGCCGCCAGACGAAACUAAAGUAUAUCACGGACGGUAUGCUGCUGAGAGAGCUGAUGCUAGACCCGUUGCUGUCUCGAUACAGCACCGUGAUCAUUGACGAGGCACACGAAAGAACUAUUUUGACAGACCUGCUCAUAGGUUUUCUGAAAGAUUUGGUGUUCAAUAAACGUGCCGACGACGAGUUCAGGGUGAUUAUCAUGUCGGCCACUCUGGACGCAGAGCGGUUCUCGCAAUUCUUCAACAACGCCCCGAUUUUCUUCGUCGAAGGACGAAUGUAUCCUGUCGAGAGAUUUUAUUUAGGCCAGCCGGUGGAGGACAUAGUGGACACGGUGAUCAAGACUGUCGUUCAGUUAAACCAGACAGAGCCGACAGGCGACAUUCUGUGUUUUUUGGCCGGUCAGGAGGACAUCGACAGGGUGGUAGACACCCUGGGCAAGCUUGCUCCCAUUUUGCCCAAAGAGGCACCUAUCUUGGUGCCGAUGCCACUCUAUGCCGCGCUGCCAUCGCACGUGCAGAUGGAGGUGUUCAGACCGGUCAAGGCGAACCAGCGAAAGGUCAUCUUGGCCACAAAUAUCGCAGAAACGUCGGUUACUGUGCCGGGCAUCCGGUACGUGGUGGACUCUGGGCUGCGGAAGGUGAAAGUGUGGAGACACCAGCUGGGACUGUCGACGCUGCUCAUAGCGCCGAUCUCCAAAGCGUCGGCGGCCCAGCGUGCAGGACGUGCUGGCAGAGAGGCGCCUGGAAAAUGCUACAGACUGUACAAGGAGACAGACUAUUUCAAGCUGAGCGACAACACAGAGCCAGAGAUUCUGCGCUCCGACGUCAUUUCGCCGGUGCUCAUGUUGAAGAAGAUGGGCGUGAGCGAUAUUCUGGGGUGGCACUGGCUCGAAAACCCGGGUCGCGAGAGCCUGGUGGCAGCGUUGCAGCAACUUUAUUCUCUGAAUGCUCUGAACGACAGGGGCCAGAUCACAGAGCUGGGCGAAAAAAUGGUGGUUUUGCCCGUGGCGCCGCACCUGGCGGCCGUUCUGAUCCGCGCACACGAACUGGGGUGUCUAGGCCCCGUCAUAGAUAUUGUGGCGUGUCUUUCCGUGGACAAUCUGCUCAUGUCUCCUCCAAGCGAGAGAAGAGAUGAGGUGAACGAGCGCAGGAAGGACACGUGCAAACUGGGCACUAUCUACGGCGAUCUACUGAUGCUCAAAGAGCUGUUCGACCUGUAUGUCUCACUCGCAGACAACACAGAGCGCAAGGACUGGUGCAAACAGCUGUGCAUUAAUUUUAAGGGUUUCAAGGACGUUAUGCGUGUGCGCAGACAAAUUGCCGAGUACAUGGGCAUGCUGAAGAUGCACGAGAGCGACGGCCCGCUGGAUGCGAAGCUUGUGCUCAAGGCGUUUCUUUCCGGGUUUCUCACCAACACAGCCAUCGGAAUGCCCGACAGAAGCUACCGCACGGUGGCCACGGGCGACCUGGUCAGCGUGCACCCGUCGUCGCUGCUAUUUGGCCAGCGGAAGCCGGCAAUCAUGUACAUCGAGUACGUCUACACGGUCAAGGGCUACGCACGGGCGGUCUCCAUGAUUGAGCUCGACUGGCUGCAGGAAGUUGCGCCUCAUCUCUUGGGUAGCAGAGAAAAAAUUAAUUAA